AUGAUGCGCUCCAUUGUUACACGUAAUGCGCGUUCUUUGUUCCGUACGCAGGCACGGUUUGCUUCAACCAAGCCUUGCACGACCUACACCUCCAUAACUCAUCCAGAAGAUGAAGCGUCAAUCCCAGAAUCUGUAAAAGCGCACCUGGCUGAGCUUGACAAGAGCAUUGUCAAUACUUAUGCUCGCCCUCCUUUCAUCCUCCAACGUGGAAAGGGCUCCUGGGUAUGGGACACCACAGGUCGCAAGUACUUGGAUUUCAGUGCAGGAAUCGCUGUCAACGCACUUGGCCAUGGAGAUGCUGAGCUCGCCAAGGUAGCAGGGGAACAAGCAGCCAUACUACUUCACACAUCCAACGCCUUUCACCACGAGUGGGCCGGCAAUCUUGCUUCGCUCAUCGUCGGCCUCACCAAACGCGAUGGUGGGCUUGGAUUCGAAGCGGGCUCCGAGGGCGUAGCUGGCGGUGCCAAAGUUUUCUUUUCUAAUUCGGGUACCGAGGCCAACGAAGGAGCGCUCAAGUUUGCGCGAAAGGUGGGGAAGGAGCGAUGGGCUCAGCAGACUGGCAAGAAGUGGGAAGAAUCGACCAAGACUCGGAUCGCUUGUUUCGCAAAUGCGUUUCACGGACGAUCGAUGGGCGCGUUGAGCGCUACUACCAAUCCCAAAUAUCAAGCGCCGUUUGCGCCUCUUGUGCCUGGCUUCGACGUGGGACAGUACAAUGAUGUUGCAGGAAUCGAUAGCUUGGUCGGUCAAGACACGUGUGCCGUCCUUGUCGAGCCUGUUCAAGGAGAAGGCGGGGUUCACGGUGCCAGUCAGGAGUUCCUGCGCGCUCUUCGCAAGAGGUGUGAUGAGUGCGGGUUGUACCGCUCAGGCAAGCUCUGGGCUCAUGCGGCCUUCCCAAUCGACUGUCACCCCGACGUUGUCACGAUGGCGAAGCCGCUUGCCAACGGCUUCCCAGUCGGAGCCAUCCUUGUACGAGAUAACAUUGCACAAGCCAUGACAGUCGGAUCGCACGGAACUACCUUUGGCGGAUCUCCUAUCGCAACUCGCUUGGGCCAUCACGUUUUAUCUCGUCUUUCUCAGCCAGAAUUUAUCACGCAUGUCAAGACUGUCGCUCAACAGCUUGAUGCGCGCUUGGCUGCGCUCCCUGAGAUGUUCCCUUCGAUUAUCGCUGGCCCAGCUCGUGGUCGUGGCCUCUUGCGGGGUGUCCCGUUCAAGAACCCGGAUGAUCCAGCCAAGUUGGUUAAACUUGCUCGCGAACGCGGGGUCUUGCUGCUCACUGCUGGAAAAGAUGCCGUUCGACUGGUACCCAGCUUGAAUAUCGGCUCCGAAGAGGUCGAUCAUGCGGUAGAUGUUAUCGAAAGUUGUCUUCAUGUGCUUCAACAGAACUAG